CAUCGCAGAGGGAGACAGGGACUGUUCGGACUGUUGGCCUUGGGAACCUUUAUCUGCGUGGUGUUCCAAUGAUCCGGUUUGGGAGUGAUUGACAUCGCCACCGAAACCGGAACGCCGGCCCAAAAACAUUUCUCAGGAAACAACAAGUCCAGACUCCCCGGUCUGUUUGUGACUCUCUACAAUAGACGUCUUACCAUAUAAACCUGGUCCCGGUGCAGCCAUGGUGGCAGGUCUGAGCAAGCGCCAGCAGGCGCGCAAUGAAAGAGCCCUGCAGGAUCUCAUCAGAUCAAUUCCAGGAAAUGACCGGUGUGCCGACUGUUCGGCAUAUAAUCCAGGAUGGGCCAGUUGGAAUUUGGGAAUAUUUCUCUGUAUGCGUUGUGCAGCCCUGCACCGGAAGCUGGGAACUCACAUAUCCAAGGUCAAAUCGUUGACCAUGGACUCCUGGACGGCAGAGCAGGUUGAUAAUAUGAAAGCGCAUGGCAACACCAUUUCCAACAAGAUCUACAACCCCAGAAACGUGAAGCCGCCAAUGCCGGUCGACAUUGAUGAGUCCGACUCUGCGAUGGAACGGUUUAUACGGCGGAAAUACGAACAGAGAUCGUUGGAAAACGGGAAACCGAAGCCCCCAAGCAGGCAUGAUUCCGGCUACACGAGGUCUCCCGAGGGCUCACCUCCUCCAUUGCCUCCUAAGACUGGUAAAAUAUUCGGUUUCGGACUUCGCUCUGUGUCAUCAGCGUCGCACCUGCCUCGAUCCUCGGGGAGGUCAUCGAACCCAACCUCUCCCCGAUCCGACACGUAUGGUUCUCGCUCUCCUCCAGUACAGAUAAACAAACAGUCCCGGGUUUUUGGAGCGACUGUCGGUGACUUGGGCGCGUCAUUCGAACAGAAGCUGAACAUCUUGAAAGAAAUGGGCUUUCCGGAUGACAGGAGAAAUGCAACGAUCUUGAAGGGUCUGAGCGGCAAUCUCGAGAAGACGAUCGAAUCCCUCACGAGACUAGGAGAAAAUAGUAAUCCUACUUCUGGCACUCGAACACCCGUUCAAAGAGGCACGCCCACCACCGCUCAUUUUGGCGAGUCGCUCUCGAGCCCCAAGGCCGCGGUCUCUACGAAUCCAUUCGACCAGCUUGAUUCCAAACCUCAAACAAGUAGUGGACUGUCGACCGCUACUAAGCCGUAUAAUCCAUUCGAUGUCCCAGACCCGCAGCCAACGUCUGCACUGGAGAAUUCUUUCCAGCAUCUACAGGUGUCGCAGCCCCUGUUCCCCCAUUCGACUGGCGGAUAUCCAACGCAGCAAAAUCAGGCCCAGACGUUCUUUCAGCAACCUAUGACUCCACCGGUGACUAUGCCAUCGUCUCAAUCGCAAUUUGCGGCUUCGACCCAGUCGUUGAAUGGCACUUACAACCCUUUCCUUCAGCCGGCUCCUCAGCAGCAGGGCCCUAUGUCAAACCCGUAUGCCAGCCAAGUACAGAACGUGCCUCAAAGCAAUCCUUUUUUCGGUCAAAUAUUGCCACAACACACUUCGGCUUCGGCCCAGUUGAAUUCUCAACCAUCUCUGGGUGCCUCUCCUUUUGAGACUCGACCGCAAUCGAGUCAGCCACAGUAUACUGGCACGGUGUCGCCUUUCGCAUCUUCAUCGCCUUUCGGCCCUUUGCAACAGCAGCCGCAGCCGCAGCAAUCCCAGCAGCAGCAACAGCAGCAGCAAAGCCCGUUCUCAUCCUCAUCACCUUUUGGUCCUUUGCAGCAGCAGCCUCAAUCACAGCAGCCGCAGCAACAGCAACAGCAAAGCCCGUUCUCGUCUUCGCAUAAUCCCUUCGACUCCAUCCCUGCAACGGCGAACCCGGGGUACCCCUACUCCCAACAGCAAAUGCCACAGAUGCAGCAGCAACAAAACUUCCAGCAGCAACAGGGCUUCCAGCCGCAGUCGCAGUAUCUCACACCACAGCGAACUGGCCGUGUCGACAAGAGUAGUAUACUUUCUCUUUACAGCAACCCUCAGACAGCCCCUACGAUGAACGCGCAGCCGCAGCAGCAACAGCAGAUGCCACAGCAACCAGCACACCUUCAGUCGACACCUGGCCUAAGCCCUGCCCCCUCCCUGCUGACGAACUCAAUGGGUUCCACGCCCCAGACACAAUCCUCUUUCAGUUUGACGACGCCGCAGCAGCGCAGCGUGACAAUGCCCGUUUCACUCGAUUCCUCAUCCGCAGGAGCACGGAAUCCUUUCUUCACGUCGUCGCCCUUUGGCGGACAGACGAAUCCUGCAGUCAAUCCCGCUGCAGCUCCAUCUGGUCUUGGGAUCGGGAUGGGACAGAAAGUUCAGCAGUCUAAUAGUCCAUUUGCACGAACGCACAUCAGCCAAGAAAGUGUUGAUAUUAACGGGCUUCAGAACGGCCGACAUAGCCCUGAUGCCUUUGCGAAUCUGAGCGCUCGCUUCGCCUGAAGAAGUGGGACCGAGAGUCCAUGCCUCGUUUGACGU